CCUUUAAAACAAUGUAUCACCACAUGUGUUGUAAUAUACCUCCAAGAUCUUGUAUUUCUUUAUACAUUUUUCUUUUGUCGCUGAUUGUGUUUAUUUAUUUAUGUGGAUUUGUUUGUUUAUCCCUGUGUAUCUUGCCAAGCGGAAGUGGCGUUUUGAAACGCUGCAACAGUGUUUAUGCUGGAUACGGUUGCUAGGGACUGGAACGUAACUAACAUCAAGGCAGACUGUGACAAAACAACUUGGACAUCGUUGUGUUUUUACUUCUGGCACGUUUCAUUUACAUUUGUAGUUUUAGUUUAAAGUUAUAUUAUUGUUAACAUGACGUCUAUUUUACAGCCCCAAAAGGAGGCGACCGGUACCUACACAUUUUCUAGUCGACCCAGAGCUCUACAAAACCGGAAUAAAUACAGAGACCCCGUGGCAGAGCAAAAUGAGGAACAAGCACAGUAUGGGAAUAUCAUGUAUGACAGGCGAGUUGUGCGAGGAAACACUUAUGCACAGAACAUAUUGCCAAUUUCAGCACAAACUGACCCUAUAGAGAUUCAGAGAAUGCAGGAGGCAAGGAGGAGAGCAGUUGCCAGGAAACGAGCUAAAGAACAACUUCGACCCAGAACUCCUGAGCCUGUGGAGGGCCGAAAACAUAUUGAUGUUCAGACAGAAUUGUACCUUGAAGAACUGAGUGACCGUAUUGAGGAGAGUGAUGUGCAAUGUCAGACAGAUGCAUUCCUGGACAGACCGGCAACACCUCUCUUUAUACCAGCAAAGACAGGGAAGGAUGUUGCAACACAGAUAUUGGAGGGAGAGCUUUUUGACUUUGACGUCGAAGUCAAUCCCAUCUUGGAGGUGCUGACUGGAAAAACGAUUGAACAGGCCCUGCUGGAGGUCAUGGAGGAAGAGGAGUUAGCUAGCCUUCGUGCUCAGCAGCGGGCUUUUGAAGAGCUGCGCAACGCUGAGCUGGUGGAAGUACAGAGACUUGAGGAGCAAGAGCGAAGACGCAGAGAGGAGAAGGAACACCGCAUGAAGCAACAGAGGGAGGUUCUACGGUUGGAAAAGGAAAGUGCCAAGAAGAUUGCAGCACGAGCAUUCGCACAACACUAUCUGGCUGACCUCCUUCCCUCUGUUUACAGUUCAUUGCAGGAUAAUGGUUAUUUCUACGACUCAGUUGAGAGAGAUGUGGAAACAGAAUUCAUGCCUUGGCUAAUGACAGAGGUAGAGAAGACUUUGGAUAAGAGGGUAUUUGGCAGAACAAUGCUGGAUAUGUUGAUCCGUGAGGUGGUUAAGCAGAGGUUAGAUGUCUUUGAGAAGAUGGAACAAACGAACCAUGCUUCAAAAUAAUGAGAGGAGUUUCAUUUUGGGGAGAAAGAGAGUAAAGAAAAUAACAACUGAUCCUCAAAAUUAGGAAAGAAUACAGUUAUUAAAUUUGUAUUUGUGUUGUAUUUGUGACCGUACAUUGACAUUAUAUGCAUCCAUUUAAAUAAUAAUAAAACGUUUGUCAAAUUGU